UUUUUCGUUUUGUUUUCCAGAUUUUUGUACCUUUUCAAUUUGAAUAAACAGUAAAUCGUAGGAAGAGAUAAGGAUCUUAAGGUUCUAAAAGAAUUCAAAAGUGUUUAUGUAACAUUUCUAAACAAAAAUAAGAUUAUUCGGGAGCUCAUUUCACAAUUUCACAAUUAUUUAAAUAUAUUUUUAAUCUCUCAACUAUAAUUUAAAAUUGAAAUUUUAUUUUUGUGGGUUUUUUACUUCGAUUCUCGUUUUAUUGAAAUCUCUAAUUUAGUUCAAAAAAAAUGCAAAUUUAAACCAAUUGAUUAUUUAACGUGGUAAAAUUCUAAUACGUGGCAGUUGUUAUGUGGAGAGACGCCGACCUUCUCCUCUCUUCCUCCUCUCGCUCCCCCUUCGUCAUAUUCACCCAAGAUGACCUUAAGAAGAUCGUCGCCUACAAGGCCGUCGAGUACGUCAAAUUCGGCAUGGUUCUCGGCCUUGGCACUAGCUCCAAUGCCAAGCAUGCCGUCAACCGCAUCGGCGAGCUUCUCCUCCAGGGCAAGCUCAAAGACAUCGUUGGAAUACCCACCUCCAAGAUAACCCACGAACAGGCACUCUCUCUCGGGAUCCCUUUGUCUGAUCUCGACUCCCACCCUGUUGUCAAUCUGGCCAUUGACGGCGCUGACGAGGUUGACCCCUUUCUCAACCUUUUCAAGGGUCGCAGUGGCUCCCUCUUGAGGGAGAAGAUGGUGAAGAACACGUGUAAGAAGUUUAUUGUCAUUGUUGAUGGGUACAAUCUUGUGAACUAUAUAGGGGGAGUGGAUUGGCCAUGCCCGUUGAGGUUGCGGAAGCUGUUUGAGGAGGCUGGGUGUGUUGCCAAGCUUAGGACUUUUGGGGAGAAGGAGGAACCCUAUGUAACGGAUAAUGUGAACUUCAUUGUGGAUUUGUAUUUCAAGAGGAGUAGGCGAUUUGAAGGUUGCUAGUGACGCAAUUCUGCUGAGAAUAAAAACAUGGAAUUGGUCCUGUUUGCUGUGCCAGAAUAAGAAAAAAUUAACCAAAUCACACGUGCAAGCAAAGCAAAAACAGAUGAAAUUAAACCAAAACCCCAAGAA